AUGGCCCCAACAGGCUUCCAAACGGAAGCUGAGGUUAUGCCCUUAGUAGCUUUAGCAAAAGCUUUCGCUCUUCUGCUCUACCAGGCAGGGGACGGCUAUAACAGUGGUGUUCAAUCUACAGGCUUUUCAUGCUAUGUACCCUUCAGAGUGCCAUGUGACUUCUCUUUUGAUGACAUAAAGCCAGGAACUACUGUCAGUCAAUUGCACCCUCGUAUUCCUAAAAGAUGUCGGGGUGCUAUUCGAACCUCUAAGGUUUUCCAAGAGCACCAUAAGGAGGUGCUAUGCAUUAGGGCAUGGAGAAUACCAGAUACCCUUGCGACCUUAGGAAGUUUUGCGCAGGGUAUUGACUGCAUUGUAAAGACUUCCUCGGUCUUUCAUGAGCAAUUGAAAUUGCUGUCGACGAGGGUUGCAAAUAAGAGUGGAAAAACAAAGGACCACUUUCCCUCUAUCAUUACCCCUCAUGCAAAGAGUGCUUUAAAACAAUGAAGCUAUUUGCAUCUGUAUAUAAAUGUAUCAUGUAUUUUAGUGUAUUAACUAUAACAAAC